AAGCCACAAAAGGCUACCUCUUUAAAGCAUAAACUAGAUCCCCAAUUCUCUUUUGUUCCUCCGUUUCUAUUGCAAUUUCUCGAUUACUACAUCUUAUUUAGCAAAUUCAAAUCGGUGAGUUCCCUAAUUGUUCACCAUGAUCAAUUUUUUAGCAUCCUUACGUUUUACAUAUUAUUUUUUUAACGUGUCAAAUCCUUGAAAUUAUACAACGGUGUUACGUAGUGCCUUGAUUUUUACAUGCUUGGAUGUUAUGAUGGUUCCUCCAGAGAUCGCCAAAGUUUUUCUGUCUGAGAUCUUCAAUCACAGUUUGUUCAACACUGAAUUUUAGUUUUAGUUAUUUGCAUGCAACAUUAUUUCACUAAUGACAUAAAUAUAGCGAAGUUUGAACUUUAGCAUGAUAGCUUGGAUUUGGAAAUUUCCUGUUUUUUGUUUCUUUGCUUUUAUCUAAUUUGUGUUAUAUCAAUUCCUGAUUCUGAGUUUCUAAUCAUCAGGGUCUUGGUUUUGAAAGAUGGGAGGUGGAAAAGACAAGCAUGAUGAAUCUGACAAAGGAAUAUUUUCACAGCUUGCUCAUGGGGUAGCUGGUGGUGGACAUGGGUACCCACCUGGGGGUUACCCACCACCACCUGGGGCAUACCCUCCACAUCAAGGGUACCCACCCUCACAAGGCUAUCCACCAGCUGGGUAUCCUCCUGGUGCCUACCCUCCUUCUGGUUACCCACCAUCUGGUUACCCUCCAGCCGGUUACCCUCCAGCUGGCUAUCCUGGUCCAUCUGCUCCACAUGCACCAGGAUCUCACGGACAUGGGCAUGGUGGAAUGGGAGCAAUGCUUGCUGGAGGUGCUGCCGCAGCUGCUGCUGCUUAUGGUGCUCACCAUCUUUCCCAUGGCUCUCAUGGCUCCCAUGGCUCCCAUGGAGCCCAUGGCUACUAUGGAUAUGGUGGUGGUCACAUGCCACAUGGAAAAUUCAAGCACGGGCAUGGCAAGUUCAAGCAUGGAAAGCAUGGAAAGUUCAAGCAUGGAAAAUUUGGCAAGCAUGGAUUCGGCAAGAAGUGGAAGUGAGGAAUGAAUAUGCAACUGUGACUCUAUAUGUUGCUCUUCUGCGUGGUGCUUGUUGCUUUAUAAAUAAACCAUACUCUGUAUGAUGCGAAUCUAUCAUACUUGAAUCCUUUUUCCUGUUCUUGUUUUUUCAUUUCUUUCCUUUUUGCUACCUCGAUACUUUUGAGCAUUAUCAAAGAUAAAGGAUUCAGUGUA